UCAGGCAUUUCUGAGGAUGGCGUGCUUUGAAAGAGCGUCGCCGGCACUGAAGGAUAUCCUGCUCAAACAGUACCGUGCUGAAAAGCCCAUGGAGAUCGAUCAUCACUUGUAUGAAUUCGGAUCUGUGGAAUACCACAUCCAGACUUCAGCAUCAGAUCCAUAUCACACGUACUUGUCAAUAUCCACCCCACUACUGUCCCAGGGUGCCCUGCUAUCGCAUGGGCUUUCACACUACACUAUAGAGAUGGUAAAGGGAGUUAGCUCUGAUGUCAUGGAAAUUGUUGAACCAGCAAAAGAAGGAUACCAGCUUACUCUAAGUAUUAACUUUGAUAAGAUUCCGCGUGGCAAAGACGCUGUAAAGGCAAUUACAGAGAUAUCUUCAGUGCAAGCAGUAAUACUAAGUUCUCAGUUGAAAGAAAUGUUGCAAAAUGUCAAUUCGCAGGUUACAUUUCAAGGGAUGUACAAACCAAUCAAACUAGUCUAUCACCCAAGGGAACCUUUCUUUGUCAUCAGACAGCCACAAAAAAUCAUAGCAGUGUUCCCCAUGCGUUUCAAAGAAAAUUCAGAUGUGAUUAUUGCAACAGCCUUCUUUCAGGAACUUAUGGAUGUGGGAAGUUCUCAAGAAUGGGCCAAAGUACCUCCUUGCACCUGGUCACCCAUUCCUCCUCCAGAACUGAGAGGAGAACUUUUUGAAGAUUUGAGCACCAAUGGAGGAUUUGUCUCUUUUGAAAUUUCUUCACACCAUGUUGAGGGUAAAAGACUAGAUAAGACUGUAUGGAGUCUAUUGAACUUCUAUGCCUAUGUUAAAUACCAUGUAAAGUGCACCAGAGGUUUUAUUCAGAGAAGGAUGAGGAAGCGUUUGGAAAGUUUGGUUGAGGUCCUGCAGAAGGCAAGCUCAGAAGAAAAAAAACUAUUUGAAAAAGAUCAAGAUGGAGGAUGGAAAUAUAUACGAAAACUGGUCAGUCUAUCAAAAUCUAAAAUCUUCAAACGAAGAUAUGUCAACUUAAGCAGGAAGAUCAAGCGACUCCGUUUCCGAAUUAAAAUCCACGGAUUUGGGCGUUUCCGUCGUCGAUGGUUGAGAUUCCCAAAGUUUUCUUCUUCAAGGGGAUAUACCAAAUUAGAUUAAAACCAUUCCCAUACUUUGUACAUUCCAGUAUAUGAUUGCAGUUAGGACAUUAGAUUGGUGCCAGAUAUGGACUUCUAUUACUGUCUGAAUGUAAUGAUUCAAGAGCUUCACAUCAUCAAUAACAAACAUCCUAAGUUCCUAAAACUUUUAUGUCCUUCAAUUCUUUUACAUAGAAAUGCUCACUUAAUCUGUUUUAAGCUGUCAUUCUCUUGGAAAUCUAUAAAUAUAUCGGAAUACCUCAGUCUUCAGAAUAAUCAAAUACCUUGGCUUUUUCUCUCCGAACAUUAAACAAAAACAUGCACAUUAUUCAAAUAUAUUAAGAUUGUGGCAAAUGGAACUAUUUGAAGAGCAGUCAGGAAAAUCACAUUGAGAUAUGACUAGUCAAGUUGAAAACUAACUCUAUAGAUCAUAAUUUUGCAGACAAAUAUUAGCUACAAAACGAGAUAGCAAAUAAUGUAUGGUUAAACUGGCAUAUUUUCCUCUUGAAUAAACCAUAUGCAUAUUGAUGUGAUCUGAAUAUUAAAAGACUGACAAUUAUACUAAAAGCAGUAUCAAAAUGUUAGAAAGAGAAGUAGAAGUCUGAGAGAAACUUACAGAAAAUUAAUUUGUUCUCCGAAUAUUGACACACUAGAUCAAUAUCUUCAGCUAAAUCUCUGAAACUGCUCAACCAAAUCCAUUGCAAGUCAUGUCAUUACUCUCAAAUCAGAGAUCCUAACAAAGGGCACCAUCUAUGGUCUUCCUAUUUUUCUUUUUUCUGUUUUUUUUCUGUUUCUUUUUCUUUUUGGAUCGAGAUCAAUACUCAUGUCUAAAGACAUAUCAUUGAGACCAUGCAAAUGACACAUGGUAAGUUAAAGCGAGGCUGGUGAGCAAUAUAAAACCCAACCAUAAAGUCGUGGUUUUUCACUGUUCUGUGCACUAAGAAAAGGGUGCACAACAGAGAGGUUGACUCAUAAAUCUUCCUUCUGUUCCCUUUGAACGACUGAUUCAACAUGGAAGUGAAAUAUCUAGACACAAAAGACAACAAAACAUGCCCCUGAUUCUUACACUACAACAUAUGAGUUAUAACAGUAGUUUGUUUCCAUAUAAAAGCAAUUAGCAGGACAAGAAAGAAUCUAAAUUUGGCUUCAAAGUGAGUCUUUUUCGUCCAUCUGCUUCUCUCCCCACUAAACAAAAACAAUGAAAACACCCUACAGCUAAUUUUAAGGACACCAACCGUCCAUUAUAAUACAAAAGUGGAGAAGAUAACACAAGAAAUACUAUGUGGCAGAAAUGAGAAUCCAUACCAAUUUCUCAUAAAAUUUUAAAAGAAUAACCUCCAUAGAUAGGCAUAGUGCUGCAACUUGCGUUGCUUUUGGAUAAAGUAAAGGGUAACCAAAGCCCAACUUUUAGUUUAAUAGCACUGUCCAUUCCAGACCUACUUUAAGUUUGAGGUUCUCAAACCAAGCAUGGGUGAGGCAGAGUUGGAUCUCUUCCAAGCGUAUUGUCUGUUUGCUAGUUUUAAUGCCUUCAUAAAUUAUGAUAUCUAACAUAUUCUAAACGUGUUUUAACAAAACAAUCUAAACAGAUAACUUUAAAAAGAACGGGAGGACCAGAGUUAUGUUCAAAAACACAUAGAUGGCUCUAGUCCUAAGAAAUUUUUUUUAUCUUUGCUUUUAUAAGUAAUGCAAAGCGCAAAGGGGCGCAACCUUAUUACACAAGAUAUAUAUAUAAGAGAUAACCCACUAAUGAUGGAAAGCUCUAGUCCUAAGAAAUAUGUUGUGCAUCUAGCACCAUAUAUAGGAAAUAAAGAGCGGGGACCUUUUUUAUGUCACACAAAUGGUGCACAAAAAGCCAUGUGAAAAUCCAUGCCAUGGUUCUCAACUCCUAGAACAUGGAAUUAGGAGGGUCUAAACUAUCCAUUACCACCAGUAUCAUCAUCAUUACCUUCUAAACCAUAGUAACAAAGACAAUAUAAGCACGUGUAGCAACAAGGGAAGUAAGCAAGAAGCACAUGGAAAGAUACAGGAAUCAUUCCAACGGAUGUGGAUAAUACUAGAGAGAUUGUGAACACACACACAUGCUAUGAAACCUUCAUCAGGUUAAAAAAUAAAUUUAAUUAUAAAGCCGGUUAGAUGCUGAACAAUAGUUACAGUCCUUGGAGUAAACGAUGGAGUUCUUGUCCCGAACCUUCUUGCAGCAUUUGCACAACCAUGACUGGUCAUAAAAAAAUAUGUCAUAUGUGCAUAUAGGGAAACUCGAUACAAUUCAAUGAGUCAACAAUAAUUAUUUGCAACCAACACUACUCAAAAACCAUGGCUAUAAUUAAUAGUAAACAUAUAUUGUUUUUUCAUGACAAAAGGACAAUACAAGAAACAUUUCUCUGUGCCAAAAACAAGUUAACAAAAGAGUUAAGCACUGCCUACCUAUAGAGAAUGAAAAAACCACUAAUCCCCAUUAAACCAAUUCUUUUGUACCAAAAUACAGUUAAAACAACAAUAAGGCAUACAUU